ACACUCAGUUCACCGCCGGAGGCUUCUCAAUAAAGCGAGGAGACAUCAUUUAAACUGGACAUCACCAACAUGAAAUUGGUGCUCUUUGUAGCACUCAUAGGUGUGAUACAAGCGGCUCGCUUAGAAAACACUUACCUACCACCAGCAGGCGCUGGUUCUUCAGGUGGUGGUCCAGGACUUUCAACUCCUUUUGGCGCAGGCGGUGGCGGAGGAGGAGGUGGAGGAAGACCGGGUGCAGGUGGAUUUGGUAGACCAGGUGGUAAUGGCGGUGGAAGACCUGGAGGUGGUGGCGGCGACGAUGCAAGCGCAACCAUCAUAUCUUAUGAAAAUGUAAAUAAUGGUGACGGAAGUUACAAGUUCAGUUAUGAAACGUCAAAUGGAAUUAAAGCGGAAGAGGAAGGUGAAUUGAAAAAUGCGGGAUCAGAUAACGAAAUUCAAAGCGCCGUUGGUUCGUACAGUUAUACGGGACCAGAUGGUCAAGAAAUAAAAAUAACUUAUACUGCCGAUGAGAACGGUUUUGUUCCACAAGGCGCUCAUUUACCGACUCCUCCACCGAUUCCGGAUGAAAUCUUAAAAUCAUUAGAGCAAAAUGCAGCUGAAGAAGCUGGUGGUGGUGGCGGAGGAGGAGGUGGUGGUGGAGGUGGUGGUGGUGGUGGAUUUGGACGGCCCGGAAAUGGAAAUGGAAACGGUAAACCCGGAUUUAGUCCUUCAAACGGUUACAGUUAUUAAAAAAAUUAAUACAACAUGAACUUAAUCGAAAUGGACUCUAGAUUUUUUGCUAUGUAUAACGGACAAAGAGAAAAAAUAAUGAUAUAUGUGAUGUUUUAUGGUGCUAUUACGUUGUUAUUAAGCUUAUUUACGCAUUAUUUAUGUAUCAUAGUAUUAUAAUAGUUGUAAUUGCUAUAAAAUGUAUAAAAAAAUUGUGUGAAUAUAACAAGUGAUAAGUU